UCCGGCGGCAAUGCCGUGCACCAAUGCAACCCAUGCUUUCGCAUUUCUUGCGGCGUAUGUGCUUCUCUGCUCCAUAAAAGAUGAAGGCCCCUCAUAUGCACUCGCAGGUCCAAUUCCCGGACAAAUUCAAUCAAGUCUACCAAGUAGGAAAAGCGUAUUUGGUAGCACUGGGAGUCUCGGUUCACCACCUUUGCAGAGGUCAGUUAGCUCAGGUGGCAGAGGUUAUCCUCGUGCACGAACCACUAACAACAGCAAAGGAGUGAAUGGGCGUGAAAUGUCACCUAACCGUCACCGAAGAAACCUUCGAACCAGACAGAACUAAGAGAAAAUGUUCGGAAUAUCACGGAAGCGUUGUUUUUACCAAGAUGUUUGUGAAGGCCUGUUCAUAGCGGUGUCUCUCAC